CACUGCCCUUGCUUGUACCUCUCACACUUCCACUGAGGCUUCACCUUGCUUUUGCACCACUAUACCCCCAAUUACAUCUUAUACCCACAAAUCUCACACAUUCGCCAUGCCGUCUGCAGUGAAACCCCCACAGACCCUGUACGACAAGGUCUUUGAGGACCACAUUGUCGAGGAGAAGGAAGAUGGCACAGUUCUGCUCUACAUUGACAGGCAUCUUGUUCACGAAGUGACAUCACCACAAGCUUUCGAGGGCCUCCGCAAUGCCAGCCGUAAAGUGCGAAGACCUGAUUGCACUCUUGCCACAGUCGAUCACAACAUCCCCACGGCCUCGCGGAAAAACCUCACAACCACUGAGAAGUUCAUCGAUGAAGCCGAUUCGCGGACACAGGUUAUGACCCUAGAGGACAAUGUCAAGGCAUUUGACCUCACAUACUUUGGUAUGGACGACAAGAGGCAGGGUAUUGUGCACAUCAUUGGCCCUGAGCAGGGCUUCACCCUCCCCGGCACAACAGUGGUCUGCGGUGAUAGCCACACUUCCACACAUGGCGCGUUUGGCGCUCUCGCAUUCGGUAUCGGUACCAGUGAAGUCGAGCACGUCCUGGCCACACAGACUCUCAUCACAAAACGAAGUAAGAACAUGAAGGUUCAGGUGGACGGAGAGCUGGCUCCCGGCGUCAGCAGUAAGGACAUUAUCCUGCACGUUAUUGGCAAGAUUGGCACAGCUGGAGGAACUGGAGCCGUCAUUGAGUUCUGCGGUUCAGCGAUUCGCAGCCUGAGCAUGGAGGCCCGUAUGUCGAUUUGCAACAUGUCGAUCGAGGGUGGCGCAAGAGCAGGAAUGGUCGCGCCCGACCAGAUUACAAUCGACUACUUGAAGGGACGCCCGCUGGCGCCCAAGGUCGACAGCCCCGAGUGGAAGAAGGCCUGCAACUACUGGCUGAGCUUGAAGUCGGACGAGGACGCCAAGUUCGAUCACGAGAUCUACAUCGACUCGAAGGACAUUGCGCCGACAGUCUCCUGGGGAACAUCACCCCAGGAUGUUGUUCCUAUCACUGGCGUUGUCCCCGGCCCCGCCGACUUCGACGAUGAGGUCAAGAAGGAGGCUUGCAAGCGCGCUUUGAAGUACAUGGGCCUGACAGCCGGCACACCCAUGCAGGAGGUCAAGAUUGACAAGGUCUUCAUUGGAUCCUGCACGAACGCCCGUAUCGAAGAUUUGAGGCAGGCCGCAAGCAUCGUCGAGGGCAAGAAGAUCGCAUCCAACAUCAAGCACGCUAUGAUUGUCCCCGGGUCUGGUCUUGUCAAGCAAAGAGCUGAACAGGAGGGUCUCGACAAGAUCUUUAUCGAAGCUGGUUUCGACUGGAGAGAAGCUGGUUGCUCCAUGUGCCUAGGCAUGAACCCCGAUAUCCUCUCCCCCGGCGAGCGCUGCGCCUCAACCUCAAACCGCAACUUUGAAGGCCGCCAGGGAGCCGGCGGCCGCACCCACCUGAUGUCCCCUGUCAUGGCCGCCGCCGCCGCCAUCGUCGGCAACCUCGCAGACGUCCGCAAGCUCACGCCCUCGACCUCCGCCGCCAAGGGCUCCCCCAAGGUCGAAGUCGCCCACAUCCACGACGCUGAGAGCGACGAGGACCUCGACAAGAUCAUGGAUCUGCCCGAAGAAAACCAGCAGUCGCACACCGCGUCCACCUCCACAAAGGGCGCCAGCGCUGGCAUGCCCAAGUUCGAAACCCUCCGCGGCUACGCGGCGCCCAUGGACAUCGCCAACAUCGACACCGACGCCAUCAUCCCCAAGCAAUUCCUCAAGACAAUCAAACGCUCUGGGCUCGGCUCUGCCUUAUUCCACGCUUGGCGCUACGAAGCCGGCAGCGACAAGGAGGACGCAUCGUUCGUUUUGAACCAAGAACCAUAUCGCAAUGCGAAGAUCCUCGUCUGCACAGGCCCAAACUUCGGAUGCGGUAGCUCUCGCGAGCAUGCGCCCUGGGCUCUUCUUGACUUUGGUAUCAAGUGCAUUAUCGCUCCGUCUUUCGGUGAUAUUUUCUUCAACAACACGUUCAAGAACGGUAUGCUGCCUCUGCGCAUCACGGACCAAGCUGCGCUCGACACCAUUGCCGCGGAGGCGAAGGCGGGCAAGGAGAUUGAAGUCGAUUUGGUCAACCAGGUUAUUCGUUCUGCGGAUGGCAAGGAGCUUUCCAAGUUCGAUGUCGAAGAGUUUAGGAAACACUGCCUGGUCAACGGACUCGACGACAUCGGCCUCACCAUGGCCAGCGAAGAGGCGAUCCAGAAGCACGAGAAGAAGCGCACAUCUGUCUGGCCGUGGUUGGAUGGCAGCGGAUACCUCGCAAGACACAGGAAGGGACCCGUGAAGGUUCAGGCCGCCAAGGUGCCGAAGACAAAUCGCGGUGAGGAGUUGAAUGAGCCCCUCGACUGGUAGUGGACGACGGAAAAGUUUCUUUGAUGUUAUGAUGGGUAAUGGCGGGUUUUGUGCGCUUUCUACAUAUAGUUUACGAAUGCAUGAGCGCGACAUGCGAUAUCAGUUCACACAUCGCUUCCACUCACUUCCACCUCACAUCACUUGUACGGGCUUCUCGACUGUGUUCAAACAGUAUCUCAUUUCAAUCUUGCCUUGCCCGAUCAACGCCAGCUUUUCGAGGUAUGCCAUGUUGUUUGCUCCUCGAUCCCAACGCCCAACGCCUCGUACCAAUACAUCUUCGCCUCUUCCCCUCUGCUCCCCCUCAAUCACCAUCCCGCACACAUGUCAACCUAGCCGUCUCUACCGCCCAGGCUGCUGCCCCGCCAACCCCGGCCCCUCUUUCGUCCACCCGGCCCUCUU